AUGGCGAUGAUGCUGUUGGAGGAUGCUCCCGGAGCGCUGCACAAGUGCGACAAGCAGGGCCGCUCACCGCUGACCUUCGCCGUGAUGAACGGGCACACCUUGCUGGCCUCGCACCUGAUUCAUCGCAGAGCCCUUGUGGAACAGAACGACAGCUCAGGGAAUAGUCCUCUUCACUAUGCCUUGGCCUAUGGCUGGGGAGAGAUGGCGAAGCUCCUGGUGGAUUGCGGUCACGAUCCAGAUAUGCAAAACAAGUGGCGCAACUCUCCAGUUGAUGUGUCUCUUCUCAAGGGGCAUGCUGGCUUGGCAUCUUGGUAUGUGUCAGAAUGCCCCAUCCAACCAAACAACUUGGAUGAGAAAGGCCGGACUUUGCUGUCACGAGCGUGUGCCAACCUCGAGAAUCAGAUCUGGCGGAACCUGUUAAAGGCAUUGGUAGAGAAGCGAGGAGCUGAUGUGAACCUCCCGGAUGGACAAGGAGAUUUGCCCAUUUGCCUUGCUGCCCUUGCCUGUUCCAGGGAGGCAAAGAAUGAGGAACUCAACGCUUCUUUGAAAAUUCUGUGCGCCGCGAAAGCAGAUGUGGGUCGUCGUGCGGAGAAGGGACAGUUCCAGGGUCAGUCAGCUAUAUCGAUCGCUUUGAAAGGUAGCAACAGCACCUUGUUGCGAAUGAUGCUGGAAAGUGGGGCCGGCGUAGCUUCCCACGGGCGUGGCGAGACGCUCCUGCACGCUAUGCCUGAGCGGCUGAUUCGAACAGGUUUUUGGAAGAAGGAGGAAGAAGUUACUGCGGAGAACAUCUUCAAGACAAUUAGCAGCUGCGUAGCCAAAGAGUCUCUGAAAAUGAUGGCGCAAACGAUGGAGUUUCAUGGAUUGGCUCCUUUGCACUCUGCCGUCCUCCAUUUCAACCAAGCAAUUACCACACUGCGAAAUGCGCGUCAAAGCAAAGAAGGUGAGAUGAAGCAGCUACAGAAGCAACGUGAUGCAGCCCAACAGAAGCAGCAAAGCACUGUGGUGUCCCAGAUCCGCCACACCAUGGAAGCCAAACAGCCCGAUUUGCAGCAAGCGAUCCACACUGAGACAGCUGCAAGGGAGGACUUCCAAAAGUGUGUGCGAUGGCUUUUCGAGAAUUGCGACGCCGAUUUGCAGCUCCCGGUUGGACCUUUAGAGAAGCCUUGGAAGGAUCCCACCAAGCCCAAUCAGCCUUCCGAGCCUCCGGCGCUCAACAGCAAGUUGGUUCCAGUAGCACCGGCGCCAAAAAAAGGAGGACGUUUUGGAACGCAGUGUUCCAGCCUUUGA